AUUUACAUUUUACAUGUAAACUUCGCAGUACAAGGAAUUUAAUUAAUUUUUAUCACAUAGUUUUAAGAAAGGACUCAAAAUGAGUAACAAUAAAAGGAAGUUAUCGAAGACUGUUUUAAUGAUGAAAUUCAUGAACAAAACCAGAAUCCAGCAAGAACAGCACGAUGAUGAGAACGAAAAUAUAGAUGUUUUGACAGAUCAAAGAAUCAAAGGUGAACGGCAUAGUUUCUUCAUAAUUGAAAAGAAUUGGGAGAUAAUUGAGAAUCUGAAAUGUUCACGACUUAAUUAUGGUAUGUCAUCAAAGAAAGAUUUUUCAAAUGUACAAACGGAAAGGACAGAAAAUAAUUAUGAUGAGAGAGACUAUAAAGAGCCAAAAAAGAAGCAAAUACGUUUAGUGGCAACUAAACAGGAUUAAUUUUUACAAUUACGAAUUAAUAAUUUAAUGAAAACAUUAUGAAAUAAAUAAACCAAUUUAAAAACUCAA